AUGGCCGUCGGAAUCGUCAAUAUCGGCAAAGAUGCCCGUGGAGAUAUGUUCCAUCGUUACAAGAUGCCUGUCUUGCAAGUCAAAGUCGAAGGCAAGGGUAACGGGAUCAAAACGGUGAUUCCUAACAUGUCCGACAUCGCCCGUGCGUUGGCUCGACCACCCACCUACACUACCAAGUUUUUUGGUUGUGAACUUGGUGCUCAAACCACAUUUGACGAGAAGUACGACCGAUACAUCGUCAAUGGUGCCCACCAGGCCGACCGACUCCGGGAGCUGUUGGAUGUAUUCAUCGACAAGUUUGUGCUCUGCUCGAGCUGCAAGAAUCCCGAGACUGAGCUGAUGAUCGUCGGACGGGAUGAGCUGAUCUGGCGGGACUGUAAGGCGUGCGGCCAUCGAGGGCAUGUCGACAACCGACACAAGCUAUGUACUUUCAUCUUGAAAAACCCGCCAGAGUCGUCCAAGAAGAAGUCGAAGCGAGACAAGAAGGCUGCCAAGGCAGGCGAGACCGGCAGUGCCCCUGCCGAGGGCGGCUCCUCUGAUGACGGCCAUAACAGCCAGGACGAGCUUACGAAGCGGAUUGAAGGCGAGGCGGUCGACGAGAAGACAGCCGAGGCGACCUCGACACUUAAGGAUGAUGACUGGUCAGCGGACACCUCGGCCGGUGCAGUCAAGGCGCGCAUGAAAUCCCUCGAAGCUGGGAUCCAGAAUGGACUGAGUCUGGCUGACGAAGACGAUGAGGAAAACCCCGGAGGACCCUAUGGGAUUUUCAGUGAAUGGAUCCUCACCAACCGUGACUCGGUCUCGGAUCCCGAGAUCCUUGUCAAGGCUAAAGAGCUUGGGAUCGAGAAGAAACACAAGACCGUUCAGAUCCUGGCUCAGAACUUGUUCAGCGAGAAUGCAGUCAAAGAAGUCCCGAAGCAUCAUGCCCUUUUUGCCAAGAUGGUUAACAGUGAAAAACACCAGAAAGCUCUGCUCGGAGGGAUCGAGCAGUUGUGUGGGGAAGCCUAUCCGAGCUUAGUUCCCUUGGGUGUACCAAAGAUUAUUAUGGAGUUCUACCAGGCCGACAUCUUAGAGGAAGAUGUAAUCAAGCAAUGGGGCACUCAUGUUUCUAAGAAAUACGUGGACAAGGAGGUCAGCAAAAGAGUCAGACGGGCCUGCGAACCUUUGUUGAAGUGGCUCGACGAGGCCGAAGCUGAGGAUGACGAAGAUGAAGAAUGA